GGGCCCCCCGCCCCGCCCGCCAUGGCCGCGCCCCGCGCUCUGGCGGCCGCCGCGCCCGCGCCCGGGAAGGCCAAGCUCACGCACCCGGGGAAGGCGAUCCUGGCAGGCGGCCUGGCGGGCGGCAUCGAAAUCUGCAUCACCUUCCCCACCGAGUACGUGAAGACGCAGCUACAGCUGGACGAGCGCUCGCACCCGCCACGCUACCGGGGCAUAGGGGACUGCGUACGGCAGACGGUCCGCAGCCAUGGCGUCCUGGGCCUGUACCGCGGCCUCAGCUCCUUGCUCUACGGCUCUAUCCCUAAGGCGGCUGUCAGGUUUGGGACGUUCGAGUUUCUAAGCAACCACAUGCGAGACGCCCAGGGACGGCUGGACAGCACGCGUGGACUGCUAUGCGGUCUGGGCGCUGGCGUGGCCGAGGCCGUGGUGGUCGUGUGCCCGAUGGAGACCAUCAAGGUGAAGUUCAUCCAUGACCAGACCUCCGCCAACCCCAAAUACAGAGGCUUCUUUCACGGGGUCAGGGAAAUCGUGCGGGAGCAAGGGCUGAAGGGCACGUACCAGGGCCUCACGGCCACCGUGCUGAAGCAAGGGUCCAACCAGGCCAUCCGCUUCUUCGUCAUGACCUCCCUGCGCAACUGGUAUCGAGGGGACAACCCCAACAAGCCCAUGAAUCCGCUGAUCACCGGUGUGUUUGGAGCCAUCGCGGGCGCAGCCAGUGUCUUCGGGAACACGCCCCUGGACGUGAUCAAGACCCGGAUGCAGGGCCUGGAGGCGCACAAGUACCGAAAUACGUGGGACUGCGGCCUGCAGAUCCUGAGGAACGAAGGGCUUAAGGCAUUCUACAAGGGCACUGUCCCCCGCCUGGGCCGGGUCUGCCUGGAUGUGGCCAUCGUGUUCGUCAUUUAUGAUGAGGUGGUGAAGCUGCUCAACAAGGUGUGGAAGACAGACUGAGCCCCGGAGUCGAGGGGCUGCCCCAGCCCCUCCAGGCUGGCUCCCACCACCCCUUCUCACAAUUCCAGUGCUGUUGUGCCAAAAGGCCCCUCCCCCAUCCCUCGCACUCCAUGGCCUGGGUCUGCCCCUGUGGCCGUGAGUUCACGUGUCCCGUAGUGCCAUGAGUCCCCUGUGGUCAGUAUGAUGCCACAUUGUGUCCAUGUGUCCAGCUGAGGCUGGUGCCCCUCUGGCCUGUGAAUCUGUGCCCACUUGUCCACAUGCUUACUCAUGUGUGCCUGUGUUUCAUGUUUUGAGUCCCGUGACCCUGUGCCCGCUUCCCGGGGUGCCCGUGUGGCCUGGUCCACGGCCCUGUAGCCAUGGCCGGGUCCCAGCCCGGUGCCUUCCACCCUGGGCAGCGGGGGCAUCCGCCCCGGCCUACCACAGCUGCCUCCGGGCCUCAGCCUGGCCUCACUGCAUUCCAGGGGCCGCGUGCCCCCUGCUUCUCCUGCCACUGGCCUUAACUGGCCCUCGGGCCCUCCCUCCGCCCGGGACAGGGUGGCACCUGCCACUCUCAGGACCACCCUUCCAAGGCAGAAUAAACCGGAUCCUGUUGA